AUGAGUCCGCUGGUGCAGCUGCAGGUGGCGAGGCAGAUCUGUGACGGGAUGGACCAGCUGUCGCUGCUUGAGGUUGUGCAUCGGGACCUGGCAGCAAGGAACGUGCUUGUGUUCAGCCUCGACCCGCAGGAUCACCUUGCAACGGCUCGGCCCGUGCGGUUGAUGGUGCCGGAGAGCAUCGAGAGAAGACAGUACUCGGAGAAGAGCGACGUGUGGGCGUUCGGGGUGACCAUGUGGCUGGUCUGGACUUACGGCAAAGUCCCUUACUGGGCCAUCACCGACGAUUCGCUUGUAGGACCCAGGGUUGUGUACGGGGAGCGACUAGCGGCUCCGUCAUCAUGUUCUCCUCAAGUCUAUUUGAUCAUAAGAUCGCAGCCAGCAAUGCGUCGUCUGCAUCGAUGCGGCGUCGCCGCCGUCACGGGUGGUGUUGGUCUCGGCUACUGCUGA